AGCUCGUCCGUGAUUUUAACGUCAAGGUGGCUAUCUACCGAGAGAAACUCAUCAGCAUCGCCGACUUCGGGGACUGCUCGCAUUUCCGACAUGAAGUGCGCCGCUACAGACGGAAAUGCCUGGAGGCGGCCAAGACUGCCAAGACCAAACUGUACCCACACAUGCGAGGGUGUCGAACAAGACCGGAGUUCGAGAGGUUAUUCAUUCAGCUGACGGGCUGUAUGGAGAUGUAUGUUAAUGAGAUGAUUAAAUCACUUAUUCUUCUGCAGAUACUACCCGUAGACGCCCUCAGAGUGCCUGGUGUAGUAGAAAGUUCUGACGUGCCUAACAAAGGGAGCUGGCCGGCGGGGAAGCCCCUUUCUAACACCGUCCAGGGUUCGGAUAGACUGAAAGGAGGAGAAAGAACGAUCUCCGAGCACAUGGAAGACUCCAUGGUCAUUGAUGCCCCCGUCACCAUCAAAGACGACCUCGAACAAAUAUGCGUAGACAUACGGCAUGUACAGGCCAUGUUAAGAGAGGUCGAUCAGAAUGAGUUACUUCCAAGACUACGAACUCCAGAUGGUAGUGCAUUCAUCUCCGAAGUUCUUCCUGUGAGCGGCGUGGGCAAGAUGAGACGAAGGCUUAUAUGGUGUUGCUGUUCUAAACAAUUAUAAAGACAUAAUCAGCUAAUCCAACGUCAACUAU